GUUAGGAAGCUGCAUUAGCCAAUCAAGAAAAACCGAGUUAGCUUUUCUCCCAUCUGCAUUUUCUUCGUUCCCCUUUGAAAUCAACACGACAUAAGCCCCCAAAAGUGCCCCCAAGAUCAAAGAAUUUUUUUGUCAAUCUUCUCUCCAAAUCAAGAUCCUCCCGUUCCCCUCCCUCCCACUAUUCGAAAUUCACAUUUGAAAUUUUUGUCAAUCUUCGCCCCCAAAAUUCAAGCUUUGUCCGAGCUGACCCGCCUGUCUGUGAUCACAGAAACUUCCCACCAUAAUUAUCCCUGUGAAAAAUUUCAUCUUUUUUUCUUGACUGCUUCAAAGUUUCGAUUUUCCUUUCUUUUUUUUUUUUGGUUGGUCACUUUUGUUUCUGUGUUUUGGAGUUUUGGUUGGUUUUCCAUUUGGCGAACUUUCUUCUUUUGUCCGAAUUCGGAGCUGCCUGGGGAAAUUUCUGGUGUAAAAUGAAAAUGGGUCUUUGAUGUCUAGCUCGUAGAAAUUCUUGCUUUUGUUUCUUCUUCUUUUUUCUCUUUUUGAAAGCUUUCGGUUAUGGAGGGAAGAGAUGGUGUGACUGCUAGUAGUGGCGGAGGUGUUACAGUGGUGGGAUCAGACGCUCCGUCGGACUACCACGUCGCCCCAAGAGCCGAGAACCCCACCCCGGCGCCCGGAUCGGCGCCGCCCCCGGCGGUGGCCACGGCGGCCCCCCCGCCGCCUCCGGCCGCCGCGGGGACUCUGGUGAAGAAGAAGAGGGGCCGUCCGAGGAAGUAUGGGCCCGAUGGGCCGGUCGGGGCGCCGCUGUCGCCGAGGCCGAUAUCGUCGGCGGCGCCGCCGCCGCCGGUGAUCGACUUCUCCACCCCGAAGCGCGGCAAAGUGAAGCCGGCCGGGUCGGUCAGCAAGCCCAAGUUCGAAGUGGAGAAUCUUGGUGAAUGGGUUGCAUGCUCUGUGGGUACCAAUUUUACUCCCCAUAUUAUCACCGUUAAUACAGGAGAGGACGUCAUGAUGAAAGUCAUAUCCUUUUCUCAACAAGGACCUAGAGCCAUAUGCGUUCUCUCUGCAAAUGGUGUGAUCUCAAGUGUUACGCUUCGUCAGCCUAAUUCCUCCGGCGGUACCUUAACAUACGAGGGUCGUUUUGAGAUAUUAUCCUUAUCCGGAUCAUUCAUGCCCAAUGACUCUGGAGGAACGAGGAGCAGAUCUGGUGGGAUGAGUGUCUCAUUAGCAAGCCCAGACGGACGUGUUGUGGGUGGCGGCAUCGCUGGUUUGCUCGUGGCAGCAAGUCCUUUGCAGGUUGUGGUGGGCAGUUUUCUUGCGGGAGAUCAGCACGAGCAGAAGACGAAGAACCCAAAACAUGACAUUCUACCUACAACAAACCAAUCUGGGGUUCAUCCGAUGCCUCUGUCAGACCCUAGCGUAAUUCUCUCGACAAGUCCAUCUUAUAGAGGAGAUAACUGGUCGUCGCUCCCAUCGGAUUCAAGAAGCAAGACGACUGACAUUAAUGUGUCUGUGCCCUGAGGGAUGUCCUAUAUAAUCAUGGGACUUAUGUUCCUAGAUUGCAUUUUUCUUUUUACUUUUUUUCUUCUUUUAUUUUGCAACUUAGUGUAGACGUACUUCUACGUAGUCCUGUGCUGCUAGAUCUUUCUGUCGCUCAUUCCCAGAUUGUAUGUCUGCUUAGCGAGAAAGCUGCCUGGUGUCGUCGCCUUUCUUGUAAACCAUGCGAUAUAAUAGUCUUGCGUAGAGUUAUUUUCCGACUGUUGCAAGUUUGAGUUAUAUGCUUCGCUUUUUGUAUCAUCUUCAUCAAAUAAUUCAAUGUCAUGUCCCCUUGACGGAUGUGUAAUUUGCUUUC